CUUGGAGUUACAAGUGACUUCCGUUUCAAUGAAAACAGCAAAUUCACACACCGGCAACUGAAAUUUUACUUUGUUUCAAAAUACUACGUGUUCGACAUGUCUAGAGGAAGUAGCGCUGGAUUCGAUAGACAUAUUACUAUCUUUUCACCAGAGGGUAGACUUUAUCAAGUCGAGUAUGCAUUCAAAGCUAUAAAUCAAGGGGGAUUAACAUCUGUUGCUGUCAGAGGAAAAGACAGUGCUGUUGUUGUGACACAGAAAAAAGUUCCUGACAAGCUGUUAGAUGCUAGUACAGUUACCCACUUGUUCCAACUGACAGAAGAUAUAGGAUGUGUAAUGACUGGAAUGAUAGCUGAUAGCAGAAAUCAGGUACAGAGAGCAAGGUAUGAGGCAGCCAAGUGGAAGUACAAUUAUGGUUAUGAAAUACCAUUAGAUAUGCUGUGUAAAAGGAUAGCAGAUGUGUCACAAGUCUACACACAGAGUGCUGAAAUGAGACCUCUUGGAUGUAGUAUGAUUCUCAUAGGUUAUGAUCAGGAAAAUGGUCCUCUGGUAUAUAAAACUGACCCGGCAGGUUAUUUCUGUGGGUUCAAGGCAACAACAGCUGGAGUGAAACAGCUAGAAGCCAACAGUUUCCUGGAGAAAAAAAUCAAGAGAAAACAGGAUUUCACAUUCAAUGAAGCUGUUGAGAUUGCGAUAACAUGCCUGUCCACAGUGUUGUCUGCAGAUUUUAAGGCAUCAGAAAUAGAAGUUGGUGCAGUUACUAAGGCAAACCCACAUUUUAAGAUCUUGACGGAAGAAGAAAUAGAUGUACAUCUAGUUGCUAUAGCUGAGAAAGACUGAUCAUAAAUUAUUUCUUACAUAUUCAUUUCAUAACCAUGGGAACAAAGGAAUGGAGUGAUUACGUACUUUAGUUAAAGAAUAUUAGUUUU